GUUUUCAGAACUCAGUUGGAAGGGACCUUACCUUAUCAUUUACUUGUAGUAGUAACAGGCCAGCUUGCUCUAGUUUUCCUGUCAUUUCAGUAUAAAGUUGGGGGCGGACGGACGGAGGAUGGGGAGGGAGUCCUGGGCGCGGAGCCAGCCGAGCGGUAGUGAGGCCCGGGGGAGGAGGCCGCCCGGAGGCCAGCUCAGGGGAGGAGGCGGCAGUUGCGGCGGAGGAGGCGCCCGCACUAGUUCGCUCCCCGCUUUGGCCCGCACCGUGCGCGCUCCCGCCAUACCCGCUCUGGCCCCGCCUCCAGAUGCCCGGAGGGGUAUAAAGGCAGUGUAGCCGCCCUGCUCGGUCGGUUCGAGAUGGAGCAGCGGGAGGAGCGGUCAGUGAGCCCCGGCUCGGGCCCUGACCUUUGCCCCAGCGAGCCCCUGCCUCUGGCGCUGGACUUCACUGUGGAGAACGUGGAGAAGGCCCUAAACCUGCUCUACUAUGACCCUGACAUCGAGAAAAAGAACGUGGCCCAGGAGUGGCUGGUGCAGGCCCAGCUCUCCCCUCAGGCCUGGCACUUCAGCUGGCAGCUGCUGCAGCCCGACAAGGUCCCCGAGAUUCAGUACUUUGGCGCCAGCUCCCUGUACCUCAAGAUAUCCCGCUACUGGAGCGACAUUCCCGCGGACCAGUACGAGAAUCUGAAGGCCCAGCUGGUGGCGCACAUAGGCCGCUUCGCCAGCGGCCCCAAGAUGGUGUUGACGCGGCUGUGCGUCACGCUAGCCUCGCUGGCCCUGAGCAUGAUGCCGGACGCGUGGCCCUCUGCCGUGGCGGACAUGGUGGGCCUGCUGCAGACCGAGGAGGCCGCCGGCGACUGGCAGGACCACUGCUUGGCCCUGCUGGAGCUCAUGAUCGUGCUUCCCGAGGAGCUCGAGACGAGCCGGCUCCCGCAGGAGCGCCAGAGCCUGGUGCGGGCUAUCCUGGCGCAGGAGUACCGAGCCAUCUUCCCGCUGCUGGAGCAGCUGCUGCUGCAGCCCCAGCUGCCCGGCGCCAUCAAGCAGAAGGCGCUCAAGUGCUUCUGCAGCUGGGUGCCCCUGGAGGUGCCGCUCCUGGACUGCGAGCUGCUGAUGCAGGCCGCCUUCGAGGCCCUCAGCGACCCCGAACUCUUCGACAGCAGCGUGGAGGCCAUCGUCAGCGCCAUCUCGCAGCCUGAUUCGCAGAGGUACGUGACCACACUGCUCAAGCUGGUUCCCCUGGUGCUGGGGCUGCAGGAGCAGCUGCAGCAGGCGGUGCAGAACGGGGACUUGGAGACGUCUCACGGGAUCUGCAGAGUUGCCGUGGCUUUGGGGGAGAACCACUCGAGAGCCCUGCUGGACCAGAUGGAGCACUGGCAAAGUUUCUUGGCCUUGGUCAACAUGAUCAUGUUCUGCACGGGCAUCCCCGGCCACUCGAUGGUGGUCAAUGAGAUCACCAGCUCCAUGACGCUCACGUUCUGGUACACCCUGCAGGAUGACAUCUUGUCCCUAGAGGCAGAGAAGCAGGCCAUGUGCCAGCAGCUGUAUCGCCCUGUCUACUUCCACCUGGUGGACGUGCUCCUUUAUAAGGCCCAGUUUCCCGCAGAUGAAGAGUACAGCUUCUGGUCUUCAGAUGAGAAGGAGCAGUUCCGGAUCUACAGAGUGGACAUUUCGGACACCCUCGUGAACAUGUACGAGUUGCUAGGGGCAGAGAUGCUGAAUAGCCUCUAUGACAAGCUGGGCCGCCUGCUCACCAACCCCCAGCAGCCUUGCGCCUGGCAGCACACCGAGGCUCUGCUCUAUGGGUUCCAGUCCAUUGCAGAAACCAUUGAUGUCAAUCACUCCGAGGCGGUACCGGGACUCGUGGACCUCAUCCCCCGCAUCAGCAUCAGCAACGUGCACCUGGCCGACACUGUCAUGUUCACCAUCGGGGCCCUGUCGGAGUGGCUGGCCGACCACCCCGGCAUGAUUAACGGGGUCCUGCCCCUGGUGCUGCACUCACUGGCCAAUCCAGCCCUCUCCGUGUCUUCUGUGUCCACCCUCAAGAAGAUCUGCCGGGAGUGCAAGAACGAGCUGCCUCCGUUUGCCGCCAACAUUGUCGCAGUGUCCCAGGAGGUGCUGAUGAAGCAGGUUCACAAGACGGGUCAGUGCAUGUGGCUGAUGCAAGCCCUUGGUUUUCUGCUGUCCUCCUUGCAAGUGGAAGAGAGUCUGAAAAACCUCCACUCGCUGGUCACACCCUUCAUCCAUCAGCUGGGGAGGCUGGCUGAGGAAAUGACCAGCCCGGCUAACAAGCUGGCCAUCGUCCACAUCCUGGGGCUCAUCUCAAACCUCCUCUCUACACUGGACAUCAGUCACCAUGAGGACCAGAGUGAAUGCUCCCAGUUGAGUAAGCUGCCCAUACCCCAGAAAUGCAACCCGGUGGAGACUGUGCUGCAGCAAGUUUUCCAGCUCAUCCAGAAGGUGCUGAGCAAGUGGUUAAAUGAUGCCCAGGUGGUAGAGGCGGUGUGCACCAUCUUGGAGAAAUCCGUCAAGACCUUGCUGGAUGACUUUGCACCCAUGAUCCCCCAGCUCUGUGAGAUGCUGAGACAGAUGUUCAACGCAGUUCCUCAGGCCUCUGCCCUCAAUCUCACUCGCCAGCUGGUACGCAUCUUUGCCCACGAGCCGGCCCACUUUCCUCCCAUCAAGGACCUCUUCUUCUUCAUUACCUCUAUCACACUUACCCACUUCCAGCAAGGGCCCAGGAAUCAUCGUGAUGUUGAUUCAUUUAUGCAACUCCUGGCCCAGGUCCUGAAGCAGAAGCCCGACCUCUUCCUAUCUGACAGCCUGGAUGUCAAGGCUAUGUUCCAGUGCGGUCUGCUGGCACUCAGGUUUCCCGAGGCCCUGACGGUCAAGGCCGCCUGUGGCUUCUUCGCAGAAUUGCUGCCCCAGUGUGAGGAGAUCCCAUCCAUCAGGCAGGUGGUCCAUGAGCACGGCAAAGUGCUGCUGCAGACUGUGCUCGAGGUGGUCAGUGGUCAGGUCUCCCGCAGCCUCCUGGAUUCCUUUGCGGAUGUCAUCUUUGCCCUCAACAAAAACUGUUUCAGCUGCCUUAGCGAGUGGAUCAAGGAGGUGAUGCAGCUACAGGGUUUUCCCUCGCCUCUGCUUAAUGCCGAGCAGAGAGAUACCUUUAUCCAGCAGGUCCUCAAAAGACGGGUGAACAAGCGUCGCGUGAAGGAGAUGGUGAAAGAGUUAAUGCUGCUCUGCCGGGAGGUCGAGGACCUUGACUGCACUGCUGACUACUUCGGGUUUGCUGAGUGCGAGUUUCUGUAGAAUAAGCCCCAAACAUUCCUUCUGUAGAAAAUAAGUAUUAAGUUUUGUUGUCAAUCAAAGACACAGAGCUACGGUUCUGGUAAACUGUCAGAGUGCAAUGUAACUAAUACCUGAAAGUAUCUAUUUUCCUAUUAUCCUAUCUUCCUUCCUAAGUUUUUCUUUUCUUUUUUUGGAUUGCCAAUCUUUACCCAUGUUUAAUUGACUUUGCCCUAGGUGCCAAAAUUCCUAGUUAUAGUACUGUUGAUAGUAGUACUGUUGAUAGAAAUUCCAACUUUCAUCAGAAGUGGAGAGGCUUUUUUAUGACAAUGGGAAUGGUCCAUAGCAAGAAUGCUGAAUCAGGAAACCAAGGUUUCUGUGUAUGCUGUUUAUUGAUGUUUUUUUUUAAACUGAUGCCCCAUAUCAUUUUUCUGUAUGCUUAGUGGUAAUUUCUGUGACUGAUUUUGAAUUUCUAUUUUCUAAAAUAGCCAGCAAGCAGCUGGAUAAGUGUGAGCUGCCAAGAAAACAGAUGCUUUCAAAAGUCAAAACUACAAAGAAGUAUAUUACUGGGGUUUCACUGUUACAUAAGGUCCAGUUCCCACUGAUGUAUGGUAACUUGAUAUAGAACUUCCACCUUAUGGGAUUAAUAAUAGAAGGAAUUUUCUCCUGACUUUUAAGUUGUGGGAUCUUUAGAUGUGAAGAUUGUUCAUCCCCAAGCCCUGCACAGUUCAGGGCAGCCCCUUGGGGUACCUCAGGGUUCUCAAAUAUAUGGGAUUUUGAUCUGAUAGAAUUGAGAGAUCAUAGAGAAGCUCAAAAUUACAUAACCUUGGUUAUCUAGGUAAUUCAUGGAGAAUUCAUUUCCUACUUUAUGAAGUCCAUAUGACUUAACUAUAUGUCAGGGAAUAGUUGUAUAGUAUUUGCUACUACUCCAUUUACCAAUUAGAAUUCAAAACCAUAUCUUUAUUCAAAUGAAUAAUACAUCCUUUUCAGGUGUUUCUGAAACUUAUUUGUUUGGGCUAAUUAAUCUCCAAACCAGGAAAAUGUAGGCAAGGGUAUAAUUCUCUUUUAUUUCCCCUGGGUUUGGAGAGAGUCAAGUUGAUUCCUCCCAUUUGUAAAGUUAAGCUAAUCUUUUGGAAAAUGUACGAAUUAUAACAAACACCAGGAGAGCCCUGUGACUCCUGAGUAUGAAUGUCAUUCCAAAGUGCCAUGCUUUUGUACCUCAGUGGUUUUGUUCUCUUUUUAGUUAAAAACAGAUCUCAACUAACAAGGGCCACAAAGAGUGGGAAUUUCAUUCCUCUACUUUCCUUACAGAAAUAUGCACUUAAUGACAAGCCUUCUUUUUUGACCUUCACUCUCAGGGUUAAGCUGGAACUCUCAAGGGCUUUGAAAUCAUAGGUCAAUAGCAGAAUACCCUGCUGAGGCAAAAUGAGAAGAUGUCUGCUUAUGCUUCCUCAUCUCUGUAGAAAAGGUUUAUACAAAUUUUUGAUUUGGCUCCAUGCACAGGAUGUUAAUGGGGGGGAGGGGGAGUGGGGAAUUUAUUUAUUUAAGUAGAAGUACAGCCUUAACUUCAGUUUCUGUUAUUUUAACAUGAGCUGUGGAAUGGUUCCACAAAAAGCCAAGAGUGUCUGAAUCUUUCUAGGGGGUUUUGAUUUUGAGUCAUCAAAAUUUCUUAUUGUUUUAGGAGGCCAAGUUUCACAUUUCAGAAUUUUAAAAAAUAUGUCAUUCCCUGGAUUAAAAAAAAAAACUAAGUGGGUGUGUGAAAGUGCCAAUCAAGCUUGGACUGGCUCAACUGACAGGCUAACAAAUGUGCCACUGAGGCAGCAAUUACUCUUCAGACUUGGCCUUGCCUCAGGACCAAUCACCAUACCUGUGUGGUGCAUGAGGAACUUUACUUGAAUUGAUAUGUUUUGAUUUUCUAGCUUCAUUUCCAGUUUUAUCCCUGCUCCUACUAUUUCCAAAGAGCCAUUCUUUGUAGCAUCAUUUUUUUUAAAGCUGGAGAGGGGAAGCAAGUCUGCAAAACUACUUAAUAUAAACUAACAGUGUAUGUAGUAUUUCAUGUCCCCUCACCCCACCAUUUUUAUAAAGAAGAAAAGAAGAUGCACUUUCCUCACUCAUCUCCAGGACCAUGUUUGAUGAUAUUUUAUUGAACUUUUCAUUUGGGUUUUGUUACUGUUCUUCCUAUUUGCAUUAGUCAUGUGUAUAUGCCACUUCAAAUCAAUAAAUAUCUUUAAGUGCC